GCGUGGACCAUCGUUUAGAAUACAAGACGGGUAUCAAUCAAAUUUUAUGCAUCUCCCGACGCGCUGCUCAAGCUCGACAAGCUCAGCUCAUGGUACGCCAAACCACCCCUCAACGUGACCGAUCACCCGGUGGAUAACGGGGCUAUCGGGGGUUCGGGCCACGGGCCAGCGUGUUUCCCUGCGAAAUGGUCCGCAUGGAACGCGCGUCCCGCCCCCACGCGCCCCGUCCACCCAAGUCCACGUCACCACGCCACGGCGCCACGCCACCGCGCAUACGCCCGCGACCGAGUCGGUCUGCGCGGCGAGUCCUUCCCCGUCCCCCAAAAGCCGGAAGCCAUGGCCCCCCGCCGCCUGCUAGUGCCAGAAAACCACACGCAUAGGCAGGCGCACGCGCGCGGCAGCAGCAGCACAAAGCCUAUGGCGGCAGCGGCGCUGCCGUUCUCCCCGCGGCGGCCCUUCUCGUCGCCGUGCUUCCUCCUCUGCUUCCUCCUCGGCUUCGUCGCCGGCCUCCUCCCCUUCGCGCACCACCACCUCCACCACCUGGACCUCCGCCACCUCCCGCUCCCGAACGACCCCCACCCUUCCUCGCCACCGGCCCUAGUCCGUGUCCCACCGGCGGCGGCGGAGACAGACCGGGAGCCGCCGACCUUGAUCGUCGUGACGCCGACCCGCGCGCGCCCGCUACAGGCGUACCACCUGCACCGCCUCGCGCACACGCUCCGCCUCGUCCCGCAGCCGCUGCUCUGGCUCGUCGUCGAGCGCGGCGCCGCCACGCGCGAGACCGCCGCGCUGCUCCGCGGCUGCGGGGUCAUGUACCGCCACCUCGCCUCCCCCCGCUGCGACGACGACGCGCCCGACGCUGCUCGCCGGUGGCGGCCCGGGCGCCCGGCGGCGGAGCCCCGCGGCGGCCUGCGCCAGAGGAACGCCGCGCUCGACCACAUCGAGCAGCACCGCAUCCACGGACUCGUCUACUUCGCCGACGAGGACAACGUCUACUCCCUUGACCUCUUCCAACAGCUUCGAAGCAUAAGGAGUUUUGGCACCUGGCCGGUCGCAAUGCUGGGCGUGGGGAAGAGCAAGACGCAACUGGAAGGGCCGGUCUGUGACGAUAGCAGAGUGGUUGGAUGGCACACGAACGAGAGGAACAGCAGGUCGCGAAGGUUCCAUGUGAAUUCGUCGGGCUUUGCUUUCAAUAGUAGCAUGCUCUGGGAUGCCGACAAGAGGGCGCACCAGGCGUGGAACUACAUCCGGCUGCUGGACACGGUCAGGGAGGGCUUUCAGCAACAAAAGUAGGGCAAGUUAAACAGGAAGGCAAAGCAGGACAAGAGUGUUUCUCCAACUCAAUAACACGAGAUUUAGCAUUAUUCAAUUCAGAUUUCAAGGUUGGACAAGAAGCACAAGCGCCAAGUGAAGCCGAACCAGAGUGAAGUUUUUCUAACUCAAUCUUAGCAUUUUCAAAUUUGUCAACAAUGAAGGCAUGCUUAGAUUGCAAUUCAGAAAGUGAAACCAUAUGCACAGAGCAGUCUUCACAUUCUACUUCAGCAGGAGUAGCAUCUUUUAAGUCUUUUAAUUCAGAGAUGACUCUAUCAUACUCAGCCUUAAGUUUUGCUAAAAUCUUGUUUUGUUUAUCAAUAAUUUUUGUCAAUUCGUUAAUUUCUUCUUCUGCUGAA